UUUUGGUUACUGCGCUGCUGUGCAGUUGAGUGAUGUACCCCAUCCCUCCCGAUGGGCGAAGACAUUUCUUCCUCUUUUGAGAGUACCAUUUCUGCUUUUUCUACUAGUUCAGUGCGUUGCAUCCGUUUUCAUCAGCGCAUUUGUGCAUCUGAGCUCUAUAUUACUUCAGUCGGAUUCUAUGGUGGAGAUCAAGCACACUGAUUCUGUUCUCGGAUCUUCUUCCAGAGUCCAGCCCUUGGAGGAGGAUAGGUACCGCUUGGUGUACUCCAAGAGCAAGGUGUAUGUCAACCCGACAGCAUAUGCGAGAGAUAACAUUCCUGGCUUUGUGGCCCUUGUGAAACGAGAGGCCGUUAACCCGACAUAUCUUCUCGCCUGGAUUCCGGAGACGCUGUUGAAUGAAAAGGGGACCGACGAGUGGGACAAGUUCGUCAAGAUUGAGGAGAAGGCCCUAAUUGACGACGAAGAUGACGAUGUCGUCCUCAUCGACCUCCCAACACAGCGACCCGAGUCCUAUGCAUUCUCUGUCCCCUUGACCUCAAUAUAUUCCUUGGUCCUCUAUCCACCAUCCUUCUCAUCGUGGCAUGGGUCCAUCGGAAUCAACCUCAUCAACGGCGACACACUUCCUACGUUGUAUUUUCAUGACGACGAAUCACGUUCUUUCACCAUGCCAGCGCCUCAAACACAGAGGAAGCGAAACAGUGUCACAUCCUAUCCACCUGCACCAUCGCCUUCCGUAGCACUGAAUUCACCUAAACCCAAUUCAUGGGGUGGCGAGGACCUCCUGACCCGGCUACGUUCAUAUGCACAUGUUUUGCGAUCUACCCUGCAACCUUCACUAUUCCUCAUCGACCCUUCCCGAGCAGACAUUGAAGCACAUUCUACCCAAGUAUUUGACGACGAUGCUGUAGAUGACAUUCUCGCUCAGUCUUCAUACGCCAAUUCUCAUUCUCCUGUUCCAGCUCACCGGCGACCGCGACCACUCUCGACUUCAUCGCCGAAUCCCUACUCGAACCGCUCCUCUGUUCUUCACCGUUCUCUGGCUCCUCCAGCCACGAAUACGAACGGACAGUCAACCUCCCAAGCCCGUGUUGCACUCCUUCAGUCUUUCUCCAAUAUCACCCGAGCUACACGCCAUGCUGCACAGAAUAUUCUGUCUCAUCCUCUUGCAAAGCCCAUCGUACCCCAUCUACCCGACCCUGUCAAGAGUCUCGUAAACGCGAACGGAGAAUGGGAAUGGGGUAGCUGGGUUGAGAAAGGGGGUGUGGGCGAAUUCGAGAGUGCCAGGGUCUAUUUAGCGCGUUGGGCUAGGAUCGUUGCAGAAGAAGGCGAGCGUGCUCGACGGCGCGAGGCAGAUGCGCUCCCAUCGUCUUCUAACUUAGCCGAAGAAUCAUCCUCGUUAGGCAUUUUUGAGCUGCUCCAUUCAACGUCGAAUCUGCCAACACCCAAGACGUCGCGGAAUCCUAAUCAUCCUGUCAACGAGCUUAUGUGGUCCCAAUGGUUUGCCGAGGAUGGCAGGCCGACCGUUCGUAUCGAACAUAUGAGACGAGAAAUAUUCCGGCGAGGCAUAUCAGCUCGUGGGACGCUAAGACAGCGAAUAUGGCCCUUCCUAUUGGGUGUUUUUGAUUGGGACGUGACGUCCGAAGAACGAACCAAGAACUGGGAAGCGAAGAGGAAGCAGUAUCAGAAUAUCAAGGACGAGUGGUGUGGUGUUCCGGAAGUGUUCGACAGACCAGACGUUCUGGAGGAACGCCAUAGGAUCGACGUGGACUGUCGACGCACUGACCGGAGUCAGCCAUUGUUCUCAACACCACCGACCACAUCAUCAUCUACGCCAACUCCAGGCGAAGACGAUGAGAAGGAGAGGGCAAGGCGGUAUUCCACAAUCUCACCUAAUAUGAAUGACAUCGGGGCGCAGUCACCCAGCAAUGAACACAUAGACCGGCUGGCCGCCAUUCUCCUUACGUACAAUUUUUAUGAAAAGGAACUCGGGUACGUGCAAGGAAUGUCCGACCUUUGUGCGCCGGUAUAUGUAGUCAUGGAUGCUGAUGAAGAGUUAACGUUCUGGUGCUUUGUUGAAUUCAUGCAGCGGAUGAAACAGAACUUCCUCCGCGAUCAGAGCGGCAUGAAGAAGCAACUCUUGACUUUGCAGCAGCUCAUUGGCAUGAUGGAUCCAGAACUUUAUCGUCAUCUCGAAAAAACCGAUGGCUUGAAUCUAUUUUUCUGUUUUCGCUGGGUUCUCAUCGCAUUCAAGAGGGAGUUCCCCUUUGAUGACGUGCUGCGCUUGUGGGAAGUCUUGUGGACCGACUAUUAUAGCAAUGACUUCGUUCUAUUCGUGGCUUUGGCCGUCUUGGAGUCUCACAGAGACAUGAUUUUGCGGUAUCUGGUAGAGUUUGAUGAAAUUCUCAAGUACUGCAAUGAGCUAAGCAUGACCAUCGAACUAGACACGACACUGGCACAAGCCGAAGUGCUCUUCCUAUCUUUUGCGCAGCUUGUGGCAGACAUAGACAGGCGGCAAGCAGAGGAGGCGUAUUCCUCCCCGAAUCAAACCGGUCUUCGGAAUCGUGGGUCGAAUGAGGUGCAGGUUGCAAAUCUGCCGGAAUUAUCAAGCAAUUUGAGAGAACUACUACAGGCGGGACGGGCAUAGAACAUUCUCAUGACUGCGCCUUGAAGUGAAUAACCAGGCGCGCUCCCUCUUUUUCUAAAGUAUCGUGCUAGAUGGAUGGAUGGAUGUUUGAUUACCUGACGUUGCUCAACAGGAGCGUGCCGGGGUCUGUACUACAGCUUCCUGCAUGUAUAUAUAACACUAGCUAAUUGAUGUACACUAAAACACAAGAAAUAACGCUGCUACGGUACCGAACCAGUCCC